AGAGAGUCUACCAAUGAAUUUAUAUUGUUCGAGACUCACACUAUCGGUGCAAUUGUUUGCAGCAUGCCCUUCUUAUCACAAACAUAAUGGCUCAACAUCGACAUCAGUCAUCUUUAGAAUCUGUAUUUGACUUUUCACCUUCGUUCUUUUUAACACCACCACAAAAUCAAAAGGCAACGGCUCUUAUUGAUAAGCUCAUCUAGCAUUAUGGACUCGAACAAACCGUACAAAAGGGCUACAAGCCUGCAAUCCUUAUCCAGGAAAUAUCAUUGUGUUGCAUCUCGAGACACCUUUUUAAGGUUCUUUUUUUCGUAUAUCUAUGUAAUUUUCAAUGAUACCAAUGAACCUGAUGUUGACACUGAUAUUUCUGUCGCUUUAUCUUACGUUGACAACUUCAUUGGGGAUCCCAACCAGGAUCCAAGCACAAUGGUCAAUAUCAAGGGAGCUGUCGAGAAGUUUGCUAAAUAUAUUGUUGAUAACUUUCUUCUUCCACGUACAUCGAUUUUUUAUGUUCAAUUUUUUGGGUUCUACUGCUAACUGACGUUAUUUAGUCAGGGCCUCAUCCGCUAAGACAUCGCAAGCGACGCCUAAGUCGUUGUCUUCUAUGCGAACACCCGCCCCAACCGGUACGAGACAGCGUGUUUCCAUUCUGCGACAAAACUGUCUCGUUCGCGAUCGCCAUCGGUAUGUGAUAUCUCGUAAAUUCGAUAUAGUGGAAGCCAGAAAACGCGCCGAACAGCAUGGGGAUGACUGAGGACGAUAAUGGGAAUCCCUUAAGAAAUGAAGCACGCGGCGGAUUUUAGUACUUAGAAGUUGCUCAUAUUCUUCCCCAUCCUUUAAGAAUCGUGGCUCCUGGAGAAACGGACUUGAGCGAGUCGAAGGAAAAUGUGAUUCGCAUUUUAGACAUGUUCAAGCCUGGAAUCAGUCACCAUCUUGAUGCCUCCAAGAUUGAUAGCCCUAUGAAUGCUCUCAC